GUACCAACUACAAAUAUCCCACUACCCAAUGCAAGCACACCUGCAAUAGUGCCUUGUGACACCAAAACAUGUCUGCAUCAGAAGUUCCUCUUGUGGUGCUAUCCUCUUCCUCCAACCAUAGAAACAUGCCAGUGAUUGGACUUGGCACUGCUUCGGUGUCUUCCACCAGCGAUGCCACCAAAGAGGCAGUGUUAGAGGCUAUCAAACUUGGUUACACACACUUUGACACUGCUUCAAUUUAUGGGACAGAGGAGCCCCUUGGAGAAGCCAUAUCUGAAGCACUUCAACUUGGCCUCAUAGGAUCAAGAGAUGAACUCUUCAUCACUUCCAAGCUCUGGUGCUCUGAUAAUCAUCCUAAUCUUGUUGUUCCUGCUCUCCGCAAAACACUUCAGUCACUAAAAUUAGAAUAUCUGGAUCUUUAUUUGAUUCAUUGGCCCAUUGCUGUGAAGCCUGGAAAAUGGGAAUUCCCUUAUCUUGAAGAGGCUCUAACAUCAUUUGACUUAGAGGGCGUAUGGAUAGCAAUGGAGGAAUGCCAAAAACUUGGCCUUACAAAAAGUAUUGGAGUCAGCAAUUUUACUUGCAAAAAACUUGAAAAUCUGCUCUCAUUUGCCACUAUUCCUCCGUCUGUCGAUCAAGUUGAGAUGAAUCCUACAUUGCAACAAAAGAAGCUGAGAGAAUACUGCCAAGAAAAAGGUAUAAUCAUAACUGCAUACUCUCCUUUGGGAGCAAAGGGGUGCCCUUGGGGUUCCAGUAAUGUUAUGGAUAACGAAUUGCUUAAGGAAAUUGCAGAGACUCAUGGCAAAUCAGUUGCUCAGAUAUGUCUAAGAUGGUUGUAUGAGUUAGGGGUAACAAUUGCAGUUAAGAGUUACGACAAAGAGAGAAUGAAGCAAAAUUUAGAAAUAUUUGCAUGGUCACUUACAAAAGAUGACUACGAAAAGAUUGACAAGAUCAAACAACAUCGUUCAAUCAAGAAUGGACCAGCAAAAUUCAUUGUUGAUCUUUGGGAUGGAGAAAAUUAACACUCUCCACGAAUGUUAUUCACAACAUCGUUGCAAAAGGUUUUGGUCUCACUCAGGAUCGUUAUUGACCUUUUUGAAACCUCAGGUAAAAUGGAAAAUUAGAGUCCC